GCGGGCUUUAAGGUUCAAGGAAAUGAAUCGGUGAAACAAGUACUGUCGCUGACUGUAAACACAGCCACCGAACAAGUGUGAAGUUGUGGGUAAAAACAUGGACAGAACGGUGCUCCUCCUGUCGGUUCUCAGUGUUCUGAGGCCGGCUGUUGUAGCUCUGGAUAACGGCCUGGCGCUGAAGCCCACCAUGGGCUGGCUGCACUGGGAGCGAUUCAUGUGCAACACCGACUGCGUCAAUGACCCGGAUAACUGCAUCAGCGAGCGUCUGUACAUGCAGAUGGCAGAUGUGAUGGUGAAGGAGGGUUGGAAGGAGGCCGGUUACGAGUACGUUUGCAUCGAUGACUGCUGGCCCUCCCACCAGCGCGACGCCCAGGGCCGCCUGCAGGCAGAUCCCGACAGAUUCCCGGGGGGCAUCAAGAAACUGGCUGACUAUGUCCACUCUAAAGGCCUGAAGCUGGGUAUUUAUGCAGAUGUGGGGGUAAAUACUUGUGCUAAAUACCCCGGCAGUCUGGGCCACUACGAGACUGAUGCUCAGACUUUUGCAGACUGGGAUGUGGAUCUGCUCAAAUUUGAUGGCUGCUUCUUGGAUUGGACUUCGCUGGGUGAAGGCUACAUAAACAUGUCAAAAGCACUCAACAAAACUGGGAAAAGUAUCCUGUACUCCUGUGAGUGGCCUUUGUACGAGUGGGCUUACCAAAAGCCAAACUACACUGCCAUCCGUGAGACAUGUAACCACUGGCGCAACUCCGAGGACGUGUUCGACUCGUGGAAUUCGAUCAGGUCCAUCCUCGAUUGGACUGCUAAGCAUCAGGACAUCAUCGUCCCCUCAGCUGGGCCUGGAGGCUGGAACGACCCUGACAUGCUUGUAAUUGGGAACUUUGGCCUGAGUCACGACCAACAGGAGUCCCAGAUGGCAUUAUGGGCCAUCAUGGCCGCCCCUCUGUUCAUGUCCAAUGAUCUCCGGGGCAUUUGCCCACGUUCCAAGGCUCUGCUGCAGAACAAACACGUUAUAGAGAUCAACCAGGACCCACUGGGGAAGCAGGGGUACCGCACCGCCGCGAUGAAUAGUUUUGAGGUGUGGGAGAGGAUCAUGUCCAACAACAGUCUAGCUGUUGCGGUUUUGAACCUGCAAGACAUCGGUGGACCACGAAAAUUUCCCAUCGUCAUCAUCCCCAGCUGGAAGAUCUGUGACCCCCGGUGCACCGUCACCCAGAUCCUGCCUCAGUACAAGGAGUUCGGUGUUCAAAAUGUGCAGAGCGACAUCGUUUUUUCUGUGAACCCUACGGGAACAGCACUGCUGAAGAUCACUGCGAUCAACAGCCGCUUCAAACCAUCUCACAAGCUGUUCUGGAAGAACGAGUCCAUCAGACGAGAUCAAACCAACACUUUGUAGCAGUCAUGUUUCACACCAACACAAGUGUUUUAUUGGUUAUAUUUUUAAGUGUUUUAUUGGUUGUAUUUUUUAAUGCAGAGGUUCUCAAACCGGGGUCUGUGAGAGGUAUC